CCUUUUCCCAGGGAACUUGAAUGCAACAGACCAGCAGGAGGACUCUCCGUGCGCAUGCUCGUAGCCUUAGCAGGUUUAGUGUAUAUGUGCUUCGUAAGGGUGUUGUCGUUUCGUUACAUCUCUGAGUGUUUAUUGCAUGCGUUUGUUAGUGCACGUUGGUGCAAAUCGUUGCCGUCCAUGUAUUUCAGAGAGCAGUUGUAGCCAACAGACAGCCACCGGCGUGUCGCUGGAGGAAACAGACUAUGUCGGCAAAUAAAACAAAGAAAGUCAAAAUGGCUACUAAAUCUUGUCCUGAAUGCGACCAACAGAUUCCAGUUGCGUGCAAGUCCUGCCCGUGUGGUUAUGUGUUUAUUAGCAGAAAACUCCUAAAUGCCAAGGUAAAUGAGCGCUCUUCUCCAACCAUAGCAGACAAGCUGGACUCUAAGCGGAGGAGGACAGAGCGCAUUCGUAGAGACCGGAUCGACUCUCCUUUAACCAGUGACAUGGAGAACAGGAGAAGAUCCCGGGCCAACAGCCAAUCGGAUCCAAUCCGGAGGGGACGAGGCAGACCAAAAACAGUAGGGCUUAAGAAACAAGAGGAGGAGAAAGAGAAACAAGAGAAGGAAGUGGAUAUUUACGCCAGUCUUUCUGAUGAGAAGGCCUUUGUGUUUUCGGUGGCCUUGGCUGAGAUCAACCGCAAGAUCCUAGGUCAAACACUCAUCUUAUAGACUAAAGGCUGAAUAACUGAGAAACCCAGCACAGAGGACCUAUCAUAGGAAAACUACCAAAUGGCAAGAGGAUGACCAAAGAGGCCAGAACUGGCUGAAGCUGAACUUUGACCGGGAUGUGUUUCCAUUUGGGUGACUGAACGAGAUUCAGAAAACUGCUGAAAAUGAAACGAGUUUAAUUUUAGGAGAGUGAGAGACUGAACAAAUAAUACACUCAUCUUAUUUGAAAUAAACGGACCGCUAUCAAGUGAAUGUCUACAGUUGACUUGAGCUCCACAUUAACAGAAGGAACCAAGACAUUAUCAACCAAGUGUUAUCUUGUCAACUGAUGAUGCCUUUGUUAUUCAGACUUAAAAACCAGUUGUUGAAAAUGCAAUAAAAGAUUUUUGGGAUUGCCAUUGAUAA